AUGGCUGACGUGCACCAAACCAUCAAAGCAAACUGCCAGAUUCCAGGUAAGCCAGACCGAGCCGCCCGCAACAUCCACCUUCCGCUUAUCGACAAGGCAGAAACGCACCGCAAUAUGAUCAGCGUCCCGGAAGCCGUCACAGUGAGAGAGGCAGCAGACCAGCUUCUGACCAUCGACCUUCGCAGCGUGGAUCACGAGCACCUCAGCAAGAUCCGGUGUCGCACUCGCAGCGUCGUUCACACCACCAAGAUGGCUCUCGAGGAGCGGAAGGCUCUAACAAUAGCAAUCGUCGCCGUGCGUAUUCCGAAGGAGGUUACCAAUCUCAAGGACGCCAGACUCGACAAGAUGGCGACCAGCAAGCCUCAGCCCGUGCCGCAGAGCGAGCAGCCGAGCGAGCAAAGCGACAAGCCAAAAAGGAGAAGUACAUCAAAUGGCUGA